AUGGAGAUGGUGCCAGGCUUCCAAGCAGAUGUGGCUAUCCCCAGGCCCGGAGCACAGUCAGGAGGCCCAGUCAGUGCUGAAGGGGGACAUUUUGUGGACCGGCACCGAGCAGAGCUGAUUCAACGGGUCUCUAUGGUGGAUGGGGUCCUGGACAUGCUGUGUGGCACCGUGCUGGAUAAUGAGCAGUACCAGAGCAUCUGAGCCGAGAGAAGCAACCUGGAGAAGAUGCGGAAGCUGUAUGAGUUCAUGCCGAGCUGGAACCGGGGCUGCAAGGACCGGCUCUACCAGGUGCUGAAGGCCAAGCACAAGUUCCUCAUUGAAGAGCUCGAGGGGAAAUGAACGCAAUAAGCCGUCCCUCCUCCUGGAGCGGCUGUGCCUAGAGUCCAUUCCAUGGCACUCGGGAGUCCAGCUCUGGUUCUUCUCCCUCUUCACCCGGGAUCCAUUGUGGUGAGCCUCUGGAAUCCGGUUCUGGUCCUUCAACCUGUCAAUCAGUGCUUGUCUGGUCUUUAUCCACCCCACUAGGCACAUCCCUUACCGUCGUCACAGCUGGGUCUCCGACAGGGGGGCUCCAUCCGUGCCCCUCCCCCCGGCCUCGCCUCAGGCUGAACUUGGGUGGAGAUUCCAUCAAAGGCCCCAGUUCCCUGCUCACCUUCCUCAGCAAUGUCACCAGCAGCACCAUCUCCAUUCUCUGCUGUGUAAGGGCACCUGCCUCAAGCCGGAACACGGCGCGUGCUCUGGGAGUUCCCUGGGCCUUCCACCUCCUCCCCACCUCCGACGCCCUCGGGACAUUCUGUGUGGCAGGGUUUAUCGGUCACGGAAGCCGAUUAAACAGAACUCGACGUAGUUCACUUGGAAAGUGAGGAACCAGCAGUAUGUCUGCACUGCGGCUGGGAGCAUGCCUCCCAGCUCACGUCAGUGGUUUAG